AUGGUUUCACCGUGCCAAGUUUACAGAUCUACCAGAUCCUCUGCAAAAGAGACAAAAAGUUUCGAAGAAGUGGUCAUUCAAGGUUUGGCCAGCGAUGGUGGAUUGUUCAUUCCACCAACCAUCCCACAGGUCUCCCAAGAGACUUUAUUUGGCAAAUGGUCUAAGCUUUCCUUUCAAGAUCUAGCUUUUGAGAUUAUGAGACUGUAUGUUGCUCAGGAUGAAAUUCCAGAUGCCGAUUUGAAAGGUUUGAUCCAAAGAUCCUACUCCACUUUUCGUGCAAAUGAUAUCACACCUUUGGCUAAAAACACUACUGGUGACAAAGAGAACUUGCAUGUCUUGGAGCUUUUCCAUGGUCCCACUUAUGCGUUCAAAGAUGUUGCAUUGCAGUUCCUAGGUAACUUAUUUGAAUAUUUCCUACAAAAGACUAACAAGGAUCUACCACAAGAGCAAAGAAAGAAGAUCACUGUUGUGGGUGCUACUUCUGGUGACACCGGUUCUGCAGCUAUCUAUGGUCUAAGAGGUAAGAAGGACAUUUCUGUCUUUAUCUUGUACCCAACGGGUAGAAUCUCUCCAAUCCAGGAAGAGCAGAUGACUACUGUCCCUGAUAAGAACGUUCAAACUUUGUCUGUGAAGGGAACUUUUGACAACUGUCAGGAUAUUGUUAAAGCCAUUUUCGGUGACAGUGAUUUCAAUUCCAGACACAACGUUGGUGCAGUUAACUCAAUCAACUGGGCUAGAAUCUUAGCUCAAAUUACUUAUUACUUCUACUCUUACUUCCAAGCUACUGGUGGUAAAGCUGACAAGGUAAAGUUUGUCGUUCCAAGUGGUAACUUCGGGGACAUCUUAGCCGGUUACUUUACUAAGAAGAUGGGUUUGCCAGUUGAAAAAUUGGUCAUUGCUACCAACGAGAAUGAUAUUUUGGAUAGAUUCCUUAAAUCUGGUACUUACGAACGUUCCGACAAAGUGGCAGCCACUUUGUCACCUGCCAUGGAUAUUCUAAUCUCUUCUAACUUCGAGAGAUUGCUUUGGUACUUGGCUUACGAAAAUUUGGCAAAUCAUGAUGCUCUAAAGGCUGGUGAGAUUUGUAACAACUGGUUCCAACAGUUGAAGAUCGAAGGUAAGUUCACUGUGGACCAGGCUAUUAUCGACGGUGCUUUGAAAGAUUUUAGCUCCGAGAGGGUUUCUAACACGGAAACCACCGCCACCAUCAAGAAAAUGUAUAAGGACUCUCAAAACCCAAAGAAGUAUAUCCUAGACCCACACACUGCUGUUGGUGUCUGCGCUACCGAGAGGUUGAUCAAGGCUGAUAACGACCCAUCCAUGCACUACAUCUCUCUUUCUACUGCUCACCCAGCCAAAUUCGCUGACGCAGUUAACGAUGCAUUGUCUUCUUACGAGGAUUACUCCUUUGUAAGAGAUGUCUUGCCAGAAGAAUUGAAGAAAUUGUCAGCUCUGGAGAAGAAAAUUAAAUUAGUCGAAAAGGCUGACAUCGAAUUGGUCAAGACCGUUAUCGAAGAGGAACUUGCCAAAAUGGGUUUGUAA